UAACUGCUCCCUCGGUAACCGGAUGUGGCAUUGAUCGGUUAUGGAGGGUCGAAACGAGGGAACUGUCAUGGUCGCCGUUAGCGGAGAAAAUAUAUCGGUGUUAAUGUUCUUGUCGACUUGAAAACACGACAGCAACAGACAUGGAGCAGGAUGAUCUCGGACUUUUCGUGUCAAAGAUCAUCGAAGCUGAGAUCUUGUUCAAACAUCUGAAUCCAAGACAACAAGACCAGGCGCUGGGAGUGAUCAGUUCAAUGUGUAAGACCUGUGAACAGGUUGUAGGGGGCUCGAAUCAUAGCUGGACAACUUUUGCCCCACAGACUAACAAAAUUCUCGACAGGUAUUACAGUCCCAAACAGGUGAUUCAAGGUAUUUUGUAUGAGUUGGUCAACCAUUCGGUAAAAACAGCAGAAGACAAGUUAACAAUCUGGCCUUCUCAGAGGCUGAGAGAGCGACGAUGGUCUCAUGUGAAAGUUGAAGACAGUCGUGAAAGUGAAGAUGAAGACCAAGAAAACAAUGGAGACAUUUCAGACUUUGACAUUGAUACUGAUUCUUGUAGAGAAAUCUCACCAAGAAACAGGAAGCAGCGAUACCCAAGAAAGACAACUCUAACAACACAAGUCAAAGGAACUGUCUAUACAGGUAAAAAGAGGGGAAGAAAACCGAAGCACCUAAAAGUUGAACAAAAAGAGACAGAAGUUUUUCCAGAACCAAAAGUGGCGCCAAUUAUCAUAAAACGUGCUCGAGGACGGCCCCGCAAACGGAAAGUGUUCACAUGUGUGACUUGUGGACAAACAUUUACUCAUCAACAAUCGUUGGUUGUCCAUGCUCUAGAGCAUGGAGAACAGGCAAAAUCAUGUGAGAUGUGUAAUGAGGAAUUUUUAUCUCAAGAGAGUAUUGCUCUUCAUCGAUGUAAGAAAAAGUCUUUAGUGAAUGGUUUAAGGUUAUGUCGAGUCUGUGGUGAUGAAUUCCAAAAUGCCAAACUUCUAAGUGACCAUAUGUGUAGUGAGCAUGGUAUUCAGAAAUCACAAUUCUUUUGUGAGUACUGUCCAACUGGGUUCAUCAAGAAGCAGUCUUUGUACAAACAUUAUAAAAAGCAUGCAGAUGGUAAAAUAGUUUGCAUGAAGUGUGGUCAUUUCUCAGCCGAUUUGGCCGCUCAUACUGAACAUUCCAGUACACACAGAAAGACUGGGGCCUACUCUUGCAGCAAGUGCAGUGCCACAUUUUCAAAAUCUCAACAUUUUGAUCGUCAUAUGGCAAACAAGCAUGCAUGUCCUCUGUGUAGUUCAAGUUACUGUACACGCCGUGAUCUUUGUCGACAUCUGAAGGAAAAGCAUGAUAUCAUCCAGAGUAACGAUGGCAAAGAGUACAAGUGUGACAUCUGUAGCAAGUCCUUUGACCGUCCAUAUAGUCUGGCUGUACACAAGAGAAUCCAUACAGGGGAGCGUCCAGUAGAGUGUACGGCCUGUAAACUGUUUUUCCGGACAGGAAAGGCACUGUUUAAACACAAACAGACCUACACACAUUCCAUCAAGGCGGGGGAGGAGGUGAAGGAACGCACCUUUCUCUGUUCUACCUGUGGCAAGUCUUACUUCAGAAAACAUGCUCUACAGCGCCACAUGAGUUACCAUACAGGUGAGAAACCACACACGUGUCAGUACUGUGGUUACAGCUGCCGUGAAGUCAACAAUCUCAAACGACACAUGUCACUUCACUUUGAAUCGCAGAGAAACUUCAUUUGUGAGAUUUGUGGAGCAGCUUUCCAUGCCAAGAAAACUCUAGAAAUGCACCAUGCUUAUAAACAUAAUGAGGACCGGAAAUUUACUUGCGAUCAGUGUUUUCUUACAUUCAAGGCUAAAAAUGCACUUAAACGUCAUAUGAAGGUACAUUCUGUGGAGAAGGAGUUCAAGUGUUGGUGUGGCACUGCAUUUAAACGUAUGUACAACCUUCGUCGUCAUUUGAAAGCUGUCCAUGGUGCUGAUGACAUCCUUCCUCCGGUUCGUAGAGUUAAUACUCUGGACAGUGAUAAGAAAAAUCCAGGAUCGCUUACAGGCUCACUGACAACAAGUAAAAUUUCUACAAGUGGUCGCAAGAAAACUACAAAAAGUACCAAAAAAGCAUUGAAGUUUGGGAGAUCUGAUCAUAAUUAUUUUGAUGAACGAACUGCCUCAACAUCAACUGCCAAACCAGAUGAAUCAGUAGUCAAUGGCAACUUGACAUCAGAACCUAACCAUACUCUUGAAUCCAUGCCAUUCACUGCCGUGUCGACAACUGUUAUGAAUAAUUCUCAACCCAUGGUGAUUGACCGACAGACAGAUAUGAUGCCACAUAUUGCUCCAUCACCUACACAGUCACCACGGCAACCUGUUCCCUUAUCCAUACAACAUGGACAACCCCACCUCCCGACACAACACUAUCUCCCACCACAGUCACAAAUGUCCUCCCAUCCUGGACAGGGGCGAAUGAAGUUUGACCCACAGAAUGGUAUCUAUGGUAACGGUAUGGAGAAACAGCAACAUCCUCAAGGGAUCGACCCAAAUAACAUGUACAUGCAGAGUAGUACAGCCCUAGGAGGCAGCACCUUCAUUCCUCAGGCCGUGGCCUACUCCACCAUAAUGCGUGAAUAUGGGUCCCAGUUUCAGUUCAUUCCUGAUCCUGCCAACCCAACUUAUCAUAACUUUGUCAAAUAACUGUUGACCUUACUUACACAUGUCAGUGACAAGGUGACCUCCUGGCUGGAUUGGUCUUUCUUACAGAUUUAAGUGACCCAUGACCUUUCUUACAUGUGUUAUCAUUUAACCUUUGACCUUUCUGACAAGUGUCAGUGGCCAUUGACCUCUCCUAGAGUUUUACCUGACUUAAUCAUGGUAAUAUAUCUUGUCAUUGAUGUAGUAGAUUUAGUUUUUACAAUGUUAGAUAUGUUGACAUAUUUUGUUAUAUUUGUUUGUUUUAAAUAAAUUAUCAUUUUUAACCAUAUACAUUCCUACAUUUACAAUGUAUAUUGUAUAUAAUAGCUAUAAGAAAAGUUUUCCUUAAUGAUGGGACGUUACUGUGAUCUAUUACAAGUUAUAUAAUUCUAUUAAUGUAGAAACAAUAUAAUUCUAUUAAUAUAGAAACAAUAUAAUUCUAUUAAUGUUAAAUGAAGGGAGACAACUUUUUACUCGUGCCCAGUUCCUAUUCUGGCUUUAGAAUGUCACCAAAUUGUCUGACCCAAGAUAUAUAUAUAGUGGUGUACAGUAAUAAUUACAUCCCCUGGUCGUGGGUUGUCAGAAAAGGAAGUUGAGCUAUUGCAGUGGUGAAAAGGCCAUUUUUUGUAAUGAUAUACCAGUAGUGAUAAAAAAUUACUCAAAUCAUGAUGUGUAUAUUAAUUGCAUAUCGAGAAUUAUGCAUUGAUAAUAAAAUAAUCUUAUCAGUAAAA